AUGGAGUUAGUGGCAAAUUAUAAUCUGGAUAUUGCUUACCAUUCUGGUAAAGCUAACUUGGUGGCAGAUGCUCUAAGCAGGAAGCGAGCGGCUUCUGCUCAGGAGCAGGACAUGGAGUCUCUAAUGAGUGAGAUCAGAGUGAAGCUUUUCGCUAAGCUAAGCAAGUGCAGUUUCUGGCAGAGGGAGAUAGGUCACGUUGUUUAUGCAGCAGGAGUCGUUGUAGACCCAGAGAAGAUUCAGGCCAUCAGGGAUUGGCCUAGACCGCAAAACGCCACAAAGAUUAGGAGUUUCCUCGGGUUGGCAGGAUACUACAGGAAGUUUGUGAGGGGUUUAGCGAGUAUGGCACAGCCGAUGACUAAGCUAAUAGGAAAUGACGUUUUCUUUGUGUGGUCACCAGAGUGUGAGACGGCUUUUGCAAGCCUCAAGUAG